CACGCAGCUGCUUUAAAGUUACCACAAAAGGCGGCUGAUCCUUCGGACCCAGAACCCUUCUCAGGAAGCAUAUAAUGGCUUCAAAUUAAGUGAAACUCCGUUGUGAAACACUGCAUGCUUCUUGGUCUCCACCUCUUUCUGUUCAACCUCAUCCUAGCUUUAGGGUUUCUUAACUUUUGGAUAGUACCGUGUGGUAAGAUAUAUAUAUAUAUCUGUGAUUGUUUUGGUGGAAAAAGUUUCGUUAGAUUUAGAGAAGGGUGAAGGAAAAAGGAUGGAUAAAAGAAGUGAUCAAACUGAUAAGAUGGAUGAGAUCAUGCUGCCCGGGUUUCGGUUUCAUCCAACUGAUGAAGAACUUGUUGGUUUUUACCUAAAGAGGAAGGUCCAGCAGCGACCUCUCUCCAUUGAACUCAUCAAGCAGCUAGACAUCUACAAAUAUGAUCCAUGGGAUCUCCCAAAGUUGGCAACUACUGGGGAGAAAGAGUGGUACUUCUACUGCCCGAGGGACCGCAAGUACAGAAACAGCGCGAGGCCGAACAGGGUGACCGGAGCCGGGUUUUGGAAAGCCACCGGCACUGACCGGCCGAUCUACUCCUCGGACGGAUCAAAGUGUAUUGGCUUGAAGAAGUCCCUUGUGUUCUACAAAGGUAGAGCCGCUAAGGGCAUCAAAACUGACUGGAUGAUGCACGAGUUUCGGUUACCUUCACUCGCCGACUCAUUCCCACAGAAGAGACUCAUCGAUAAAGCCAUACCUCCAAAUGAUGCAUGGGCAAUUUGCAGGAUCUUCAAGAAAACAAGCUCAAAUACUGCACAAAGAGCCAUCUCCCAUUCUUGUUUCUCCCCACUGCCUGAUCCCACAUUGGAUACAUUCAUCCAAGGCUCUAACAGCAAUCAGUUCACUUCAGAGAACUUGCCAUCAAUGACAAAUAAAUCUAGUUCAUCCGCCCAAUUUAGCUCCAACAGUGCUACUGAUCUUCAACAAUCAUGCAUUACUAGUUUCUCCCCUCUAGAUCUUCCCAUCAGCACCAUGGCCACCAAGCCUCCUCCUUCUCAAGUCUCCAUUUCAAGCGUGGACCUUCCCUCGGUUUACGCGUUUUCGUGCCUCGACACUUCAUCGUCAGGACCCUGCAGAGUGGAUGCACCUCCUAUGUCUAUGGUCUUAACCAUGCCACAAUAUUCCAUAAUGGAAGAUUUCUGCAAGGCCUCUCAUCAUGAAAGCAUAGACCAGCUGAGUGGCUUGCAAGAUCAGCAAUGCCAUGGUGGUUUCUCGAGUGCUAAUGCUUUGGCACAGGAAGUUCAGGCCAGUGUUGGACAUGGGGAAGAAACAAGCUUAAUGAAGCAUCCCAACGGGGCGCAUCUCGAGGACCAGUGGAUGAGCAUAAGAUCUGGGGCUGGGAAUCCCUACAGCUUGCCUUUGAGCAUGCCUGCUGAAUAUUACGGUUUGCUGUGGAGUUCUUCUCCUUGUCCCAGCGAGAUGUCGACUAGCUACUCCACUAACAAGUGCUAUACUUGAAGAAGAAGAAGAAGUUCAAGUUGAUACACAGCUAGCCAUAACCCAAUAUUGUUUUUGUUCUCCCCCAGUUUUUGUCUUCCCAAGUUCUCAGGUUCAAGCUCAUUUUAACUAACACUCUUUAGAUAGGGUGCAAUCAAUUGUAUAAUUUCCUCUAGACCCUUGCAUUUGUUUCCUAACUGAUGAAUGACAAAUCUAGCGGUUAAGAU